UUUCCUCAACCAUCCCUUUAUCCUUCACAACUACAUCCACUUGUCAUUCAUUUCAACUUCUAAGUCUCUGUUUUUUCUAACGGACCGCCAUUCUUGCGCUUUGCGCGUUGCAUAUUGUCUCUGUGUGCUCUUCAGUUCUGUCCCUCAUCAUCUCCAAGUUGCGAUUUAUUGGAGCGAUUCAACUCAUCACAGGCAGAAACUCAAAUAAAGGCUCUCGAACAGCAGCAACAACCACUUUUUUAUUUUUAUUUUUUCUUCCCUUCUUUCCUUCCUUUGUUUCCUCUUCCCGCCUUUCCUUCCUUUGUUUCCUCUUCCUGCUCUUGUGUAUAUUUUUUGUGCACAUGAGUUCCGACUUACGGACAUCCGCCAGAGAUCUGUUAUCGUUGGCACAGAAAGUGAGCACCGUAUUACAACGACAUAAUGACAGAUUACUGGCAGGAGAUCACGGGCCAAUUGGGCCUGAGGAAGAAGCCUCGCGGUCAGAACAAUGUCAGAGAGCCAUUGAUGUGCGUAGACAAGUGUGGGAAAGUAGUAGAUCGUUGAAGAGUGCUUUGGAACACGUGGAAGACAUUGAGGAUGAGGACGAACCCCGGAUACUACGCGAACCUAUGGAUGCUCUACAGAUUCACAUUAGAGAUGCACUCAAAAUCGCAUCAGAUGCAGAAUCCAAGAGUUCGCAAUCAAAAGGGGCUGUCAACGGUUCAGAAGAAGAAGAAUACGGAGAGCAAAGGAGAUCUUCAUUUGAGAUAUUAUCCAAGUCAUCUUCAAUCUCUACAGGAUCUGGAGCACGUGUGGUGAUCCCAGAUAUGCCGGGAUCUUCUCUUACUGCUUCGAUGCAUCGCCAUCCUGUUGGUCUUUUCUCUACAUCCCCUAACUUCGCUGCCCAAACACCAUUUUCAUCUAUAGCAAGGCGUGGAUCCGUAUCUUUACCACGGCUUUCGUCUGUAAUAACGCCAUCAGCUACAUCAACACCAACAAUAGCUUCAUCAACACUAUUAUCCUCAGAAACAUUAAGCCCACCUGGUCCAUUAGAGCCACCAACAGAGCUGGUUACAGCUGCAGCAGAUUUAAAAGAUUCCACAGAGACUAGUCUGCCGUUGUCAUUCUCAUCAGCAGUAACACCAACUGCAGCAAUCCACAAGGUCACUUCAGCAAUUGAACCUAUGAACCCCCUAUCGCCAUUACCGUCACAGCACGAAAGAAAGUCAUCAUCCUCUAAGAUCACAGCUGUACCUUCAUCAGGAUCACAGACACAACAACCAUCAAAAUCGACUAUGGUUGCGCUUGCUGACUCCCCAUUAUCCAUUGCUACGGCGCCACUGCCAUUGUCGCCACCAAUGGUACCCAAAAAACUAAAUAAAAAAACUUUUGAUUCUGCAGCUACAUCACCGUCAUCACCAUCAUCAUCUUCUUCGCUUUCAGUAUCCUCUGUCACUACCUUUGCAACGGCAAUGACAUCGGCGCCAAACACUCCACAUUCACCGCCAGUCAAUUCUUUAGGAUCUUGUAAGCCCAUAGAACAGCAACAGCUUCAGCAGCCUCAGCAGCCUCAGCAGCCUCAACAACCUCGCCAGGCUCAACAGCCUCGUAGGGUGCCUCGGGGACUAUUUUCUUCAACCUUAACGACAACGAAUUCUUCAGAACCAGGACUCUACGCUCCUAUAGCACAGAAGGAUUUACUCAGCGUCAAUGGCGGAGCCAGUUUUAGCAUUCUCAAUGACCAGAUUAAAAGCUCGGAGGUAUCAGAGGGGUCUUCUGAGCGACUAAUAACAACAGGGCACAGCACCGAUAGUGCAAUCACUUCCAUAGAGUCGUCAUUACGAAAGCCUUGGACGUCACUGCCACAAUCACCUCAGACCCCUCCACCGCCCAGCUCCUCGUCUCCGGUGUUAUCAACGCCAAAUGGAUCCAAGAGUCCAGCCUCAACAUCAAUAUACCGAUCGCAGGCCAAGCCUUCGCCCAUUCAGACUGCUAGCCCCAAUGGAAAUCCAAAGAAACCAAAUCAUCAAAAUGAUGAUCGAGAAGAACAUAUAUCUCAACUAGCCAGGGAUCUAGAACGAGCUAUGAAUCCGACACCUACAGAGCCUGUUCCCCAGUCAUAUUUUCUUCAGGGUGAAGGUCUACUGCAACGUAUCCCUAACGAUGAGGGCGACGAGCAUAACCACCAGUCUAGUUCCGAUCAAGCAGACUCUCCCACUACUGCCGCCACUACUAUGGGAGCUUCUCCAAGUCUGUCACGCAGCGGUAGUGGUGGAUCUUUGCGUCGUCAGCGAUCUGGAGGGAAAAGGAGGUUUAGAUUUGCGCGCUCUCGAUCAAGAAACCAACCUAGAGCGCAACAUGAAAGUAGGAGAAGAUCAUCUCUUUUGCCUAUUGAGGUUGGAUACAUGGAUACGAUAACACCACCAUCAUCAGCGGCUCUAGCCCAUGGGUGGUUUUUUGACUCACCAGUACAUCUACAAUCCAUUCCUAGCCCUGGUACUGGUAUUCAUGUUGAUAGUCAUCACCAUCACUCUUCUUCAGCAACAUCCAGUCUCUCGCUGCAGGACAAAUUCUUGACCUGGGCUGUUCAGGCAAAGCGUUAUUGGCACCCAUUACAGGGACCUCAUAUACCUUUUGCAGAAUCAGUAAGCGUCGGGAACCCCAUUCGGCUUGGCAAAGGCAUCGGCUCGUUCACUGCCUAUACAGUCACUCUCACACUCUGCAAUCCUUCCCCCUCUUCUUCUUCAAUGGUCGCCACCACUGUUGUCCCCAAUCCUCCUUCAACAAAUUCAACCUCAGAUAGGGGUAACGGCAGUGAUACUCAGUAUAGCUAUAUACAACAACAGCGACAGCAACGAGAAGAACAAGCAGGGUCUGAAGGAUCAAUGACAGUCAUGAGGAAUAUUGAUAAUUAUCAAUUAGCACCACGAUCAAGUCUUGACUCGAAUCGCUCUACGAUUUCAAAGACACAAAAUAAGGCCUCAAUCCAGAUGUCUCGAUCAAUAUCUUUUCAGGGGUUGGGGAGCUCUGCAGAAAGGCUAUUGAUGGAAUUACAGUCGCCAGUGGAGGAAAUUUGUCCCUCCGUUCUUCCUUCUCUUCCACCAUUAGAAGCGAUAGAAACCCCUGCUUCCAGCUCUCCCAAUACAACAGCAUCUUUCCACCAAAGAGAAACGCAUACAGAUACGACAACAACGACAACAACGCUAUCGUCGGCUCUUGAGAAUUCUGCUCGGAUCGUUUGUGUACGUAAACGAUACUCUGAUUUUGUUAUUUUACGAGCACAAUUGAUUGAAAUGCUCAGAAGCUUCAGCAGAAGGAAUAGCCUUUCUGGAGAACGCGGUCGACAGCUAUCGCGACAGGAUCAUCAUCAACCUUUAGUUUCUCAUUCCGUAUCUCCAUCCUUUGUUGGACAGCCAUCUCCACCAUUAUCAUCACCAUCCUUUGGAGCCUACUCUUCUCGGCAUACUUCACAGGGGCAUAAUGAUGGUGACAAUGAUGAUGGUUAUAGUCAUGAGGACGAGGAUGAGGCGGAUGGGGACAAUGAGAAUGAGAAUGGAAACGAAGGCAGACUGGCGGAUGAAGAUGAUAUAUAUGAAUACCAAUCACGGCGUUCUUUAUCGGAGGCAACUUCUACAAGUACAGCCAACAGGAACGCCGCGUCAUUGAUAUGUAACCGUGUUAUCCGUGGAAUCCCCAAACUUCCCCCUAAGAAAAUGGUGGGUAGGUUCAAACCAGCCUUUGUGGAGAAACGACGACGGGAGUUGGAGUAUUUCUUGGAAUGGGUGGUAGCUCACCCAAUCAUUGGUGGUUGCCCUGUCGUGGUGCAAUGGUUCCUUGGCCAGUCGACACUGUAA